UCCUCCUCAGACCCCAGGUAUCAUAUAUGAUACCUCAGGUUUAUAUUUUAUUCUCGGCCUCCAGCUCCAUUUAGCCGCACGUACUCGAUGGUAUCAUAUAUGAUACACUGCUAAAUACGCGCCUAAUUUUUUGAUGCGAUGUUGGUUGCAUACGGCGGCAAGAAAAGUCAGUCGAUUGUUUAUGUUUACAAGUGCACGUGCUACGAUCAUGCCUCUACCACGAAAUAAAAGGCCUUUGACCGCGUUGGAGCUUGAAGAGAUAGCUCUCAACUUGGACUUCGAUCAGUCGGACCUCGAUGAUCUCUCUUCGGACGAUGAUGAGGAUGAGGUUGAUCUAGGUUUGGAAAAUGUGGUUACCGAUCCUGAUGAUAUGGAGAUCGCAGACAACAUGAGUGAUUCAUCGGAUGAGGAGCCUCUUGCCCACUACCUACCAGGUUACCAGAAAAAAUGGUCACAUUACAAUCAAACAACCAGCAAUUGUAGCCGAUUACAAUGCUAAAAUGGGAGGUGUUGAUUUACUAGACAGGGUGAUUGGAAAAUAUGCAAUGCGUGGGCGUACCAAAAAAUGGACAAUACGUGCAAUCUACCACUUCUUCGAUUUCGCGGUAGCUGCAUCUUGGCUCGAAUAUCGUCAAAAUACCAGUACAGAAGGCUUGAGGAGAAAAGACACUUUGGACUAUCUGGAUUUCAAA